AAGAGUUGGUUAUGAGUCAUCUCCGUAAAACUUGUAUUUUGAUCGAAAUUCAGAGAGAAGAAUGGCAUACAGGAGACGACAGGGAAUCACAAGGGCUACUACCUUCAAGGAAGAGAUUAAUCACGAUGACAACAAUGUUGACAAUCCAUCUUUCAAAUCUUAUUCAUUUUGUUCUUCUAAUUCUUCGCUUGCCGCUCAGGCCAUCCGUGCAUCCGCUCUUCAUCGCGAUUCUUCCGGUGACUCUGCUUUUGAGCAAUCUAGCUCUAAGGGCUUCACUGCCUAUGAGGAUGCCUCAAAAUACGAAUCCAAGGGUUUCUGGGGUGUCCUUGCUCAGAAAGCCAAAGCUAUUCUUGAGGAUGAUAAUGUGUCCCAACAAUUUGCUACAUCAACUGAGUCUUCAGGGGCUACCCAGUUUCAACACCCAAACCCACAAAACGAGGGCGUCAGGAAAAUGGAUAAUCCUACAUUACGAAGAGGCUUGGAUAAACUGACAUCCUCCCUCAAUCAUAUUGGUGAUACCUUUGAAAAGGCCUUUGAGGAAGGUAAGACAAUUGUGGAAAAUAAGACUGCAGAUAUCAUUCAAGAAACUCGGAAACUUCAAAUUAGACGAAAAGGAGCUGAUCCCAAUGCCCAAAAUCAAGUUUCUGGAGUGAAUAGCUCAUGGCAGCAAUACGGAAUGCAAUCAACACACCAAAAUCAGACCAACCAUGAAACCCAACUCAAGGCAUCUCGCGACGUUGCCAUGGCAACGGCUGCAAAGGCAAAACUUCUACUCCGUGAGCUGAAAACAGUUAAAGCAGAUCUGGCAUUUGCAAAGGAACGAUGCGCCCAACUUGAGGAGGAGAAUAAGCGGCUUAGGGAGAGUCGUGAGAAAGGGAGCAACCCUGCAGACGAUGAUCUGAUUCGGCUGCAACUGGAAACUCUCCUAGCAGAGAAAGCUCGAUUAGCACAUGAAAAUUCAAUAUAUGCAAGAGAGAAUCGGUUCUUAAGGGAGAUAGUGGAAUAUCACCAACUGACAAUGCAGGAUGUCGUGUACAUAGAUGAAGGCAUUGAAGAAGUUACAGAAGUUAAUCCUGCAAUAAGUAGGACGCUCUCUGUAACUCCACCCUCACCUCUCUCCCCCACAUCAUCAUCUGAGAUUACCCCAUUGCCUGGCCUACUCAUAACCGAAGAACUUUAUCCUCUCUAUGACUCACCACUAGAGGAACAUGAUGUUUCAGGAGCUGAUGUUUUACCAACUCCCCAACCUGAAGAAAACAAUGCAAAUAAACCUGCACUCUCUUCUGCUUAGAUUGUCUUUGCUCACUUUUUUUUUUUUUUUUCAUUUUAUUCUUUGUUAGGGGAAAUUUGGGUAAUUAUUCAAAAAACAACCAAAAAAAAGAAAUGUUUUGCGAUGAUUGUACUCCUUGUUUUUGUUUCUUCUCUCUUUUAGAUGUUUUUAAGAGAGAACAGCACGGGGGAGGGAGAUAUUUUAUUUUCUUCUUCCGAGCUGAUAGUUUAUUCUUUCUGUAUGUAAUUGUGGAAGUGGGUUUUUUUAUUUUUUGGCUUCAUUAAUAAACCAGAUGAAAUUUCAUAUGUA